AUGGUGAGCCGAGACAAACGCGACAGUAGCGGCCUCCGCGUGUCGGAGCGCGAGCCAAUGGACAGCAGCGCCACCAGUGCGCCGCAUCCACGGAACCCUAAACCGCGUCGACCGCACGUGCCGCCUCCGCCGCCCCCGUCGUCGUCGUCGUCUGCUUCGUCGUCUUCUUCUGCUCCGUUUGGUCCUAUUGGUAGUAAAAAAGAGACUGGACGUCAGAUGCCGGGCAGCGAGUUGCCGUAUCACGUGCGCAUGGACGGGGCCAUGAACGCCAACGAGCUGUUUCCCAGUGGCAUGAUCGAGUCGAGAGCUGGCUACUCGUCGAUGAAGACGCCAGUAGAGGGAAAGGACUAUGCGUCCAACGCGAAGCGCGUGCGGUCAGUGGACGAGAGCUCGGAAGACAGCAUUGACAAUGGGAGCUACGUGACAGACAAGAUCCAGGGCGGGAUCAACGAAGGCAUUGGCUGGUUCCAUGCCAAGAUCAAAGUCGAGAACACGAUUCACUGGGCCAACAACUACAAGAUCCAGUGCUGCAUGUUUUUCAUUUUCAUCUGCGGCGCUGCGCUUACGGUGGCUUUUGCCGACAACGACGCCAAUGCGUCCGUUGGACUCGUGGCUGGCAGUCUCAUUACGCUCUUCUGCUGUUCAGCAGUGGUGUACACGUUCUUGACGCGCCCGACGUGGCGCAAACACCCGAACCCCAUCAUUUUCUUCCGCAGUAUCUGUGAUAUCUGUCUAGUCGCAGUGCUGCUGAUUACGGAGCUGUACAAGUGCGGCAGUGGCGAUUGCUCGAACUCACUUACAGGAGCAUCUUGUACUGCAACAGCUGCGCUCACGCAGUUUUUCCUCUGGACAUCGGAGAGUUGGUUUUUUGUCAUGGCUAUCGACAUGCUGUCGUCGCUGCAGAGUCCGUUCACUGAUUACAAGAGUAACGUUCGUCGGUACCACGGCUUCGUAUGGGCAACAGGCCUCCUCACGUGUCUCCUGCUGGUAUCGAUCCCGGAUUUUGCUGGCGAGUCCGAAUUUGGAUAUUGCUGGACCGCAAGCAAAAGCAAAUUACGUCAUGGCAGGAGGGACAGCUCUGGCUCGAGCGAUACAGGCAACCUGUGGAACCUCAACUUUCAAUCGUGGCUGCUGUUCUACAUCUGGCUCAUUUUGUUCUGGAUCUAUGCCAUCACUGUGAUCUACUGGGCGUACAGGCGCCUGAACUCUGGUCUUUCCGAGACGCUGCGCAUGCGUCUUCGUGUGUUGCACUCGGUGACGAUUUAUGUGAUUGCCAUCAUCAUCUACUGGGGACUAUCAUUUUGUAUCUACGUGCCGUUCUUGGUCCAAGGGAACGAUCGGUCCAGUCGCGUGGAGCACAUGAUGAACUUUAUGAUCACAUGCAAGGGGUACUUCGAUUUCGUGGUCUGGUUCCAAAUGAACGAUUUCCACGAUGCACUGAAGAAAGGCAAAGGAAAGAAGACGGACGUUGAUGUGGAUGUUGACUUGAGUCCUCAAGUGAACCUCGCCUUGCGUUGCGAAGUGUUGUACUACACGACAACGGGAAUCAUCCAGGCUGUGCGAGACACGCAGCAUUUGCCACCGGGAGCUAACCAGCAAGAAUUGUAUCUGCAGCCACAAGGUACAGAGGACAACCGCGGAUCGCUCGGCGUUGAUGAGUACAUGAUUCGCACGCGCCCGAAAGCUGCAUUGGGUAAGGGCACGUUAUUUAUUGACUAUUGCCCGCACACGUUUCAGACGAUUCGUGAACAUUUCGGCAUCAACACGAACCAGUACAUUGAGAGUCUGAGCCGAACAACAAAGGAACGACUGAGUGAAGGCGCCAGUGGCGCCUUUAUGUUCUUUUCGCACGACCAGCAGCUGAUCGUGAAGAGUAUGAGCGACGAGGAGUCGGUCUUCCUGCGCUCAGUAGCAGCAGAGUAUGCGUCGUUCUUGCUCACGAACCCGGACAGUCUACUGACGCGCUUUUACGGCUGCCACGCGAUUCGGCUGUAUGGCAAUACGUUUAAUUUCGUUGUUAUGGCGAACUUGUUCAGCACGGAGAAAGUGAUCCACCGGCGGUACGAUAUCAAGGGUUCGUGGGUGAAUCGCAGUGCGAAACAUCCGUCGAAAGGCAAGCGAGUCACGUGUCGUCACUGCAAUGCCAAGUAUGUCUUUGGCUCGACGGAUGCGGAGAAUUGUCGUGCACGAGUGGGUCGUCACGAGCCAAAUGUGAUUUUGAAAGACAAUGACUUGACAGCGAAAGUGCGUUUGAAUCCGAAGGUUGCUGAGGAACUGUACGACCAGCUAGUGAAGGAUGCGAACUUCCUGUCCCGUUUAGGGAUCAUGGACUACUCUCUUCUGCUCGGUAUUCACAACGUGGAGUACAUGGUGAACCCGGACUUGGAGGAAGACCCUGUGAUUCCGCCAAAAGAUGCGGUCGGACCGAGACGUCGCAGUACUGCAAACAACUCGUCCAUGGUGGGAUCAAAUGCUCCUAUCAGGGAGUCCAAGCCGCAGACAGGUCUCCCUCGACUCGCAACGGGCACCCGUCGGGCAAACACCGUGGUCGGUCCCUCUAUCUACUACUUCGGGCUCAUUGACAUCCUGCAGACGUGGAACAUGGACAAGAAGCUCGAGCGCUUUGCAAAGACCAAGUUGCUGGCAAAGGAUCCGGACGGUUUGUCUGCGAUUCCUCCCGCUGCGUACUACGAGCGGUUCAAGCGCAAGAUGGGCGAGAUUUUGUCGGUCACGCUUCGUGACGAAUACACCGAGUUGUAUGUUGGGGAGCGGAGAGAGGGCAAUGGUGUUGAUACGGUGGACGCCGACCCGAACCGGCGUUUUUUUUUAAAUUGUGAGGCCUCGGUGGGAAACGAAGGCACUGGUGACGCCCCCCACCGAGGGCCCGCCCUCACGGACCGAAGAAAGCUCCACCCCCUGCUCGGCGGGUUUUUAUGUUGA